GGAGGGAAAGCCACUAAGAAAAAUAGGAAUAAACACACAUUUAAAGAAGAAGAAGCCAAUCCAAAAAGAAAAAAGAGAGAAUUCCGACAAAAAAAUUCAAUGGCCAUUAACGGUGACGACAAAGUUUCAGAAACAGCUUCAGAUCAGCCUGUUAGAGUCUACGCUGAUGGCAUCUUCGAUUUGUUCCACUUCGGUCAUGCUCGCGCCAUCGAACAGGCCAAAAAAUCGUUUCCGAACACAUAUCUGCUGGUAGGAUGUUGUAACGACAAGAUUACCAACAAGUUCAAAGGCAAGACCGUCAUGACGGAGUCCGAGCGUUAUGAAUCUCUCCGACAUUGCAAGUGGGUCGAUGAAGUGAUUCCAGAUGCACCAUGGGUUCUCACCAUAGAGUUUCUCGAUAAGCAUAAGAUCGACUACGUAGCUCACGAUGCUCUUCCCUAUGCGGAUGCUAGUGGAGCUGGAAACGAUGUUUAUGAGUUUGUAAGUUUCUUCCCUUUGGUUAUCUCUUCUGACUCAUGGUGUUUCUUAGCGGUUUUGGGCUUUGGUUUCUUGCAGGUGAAGUCGAUCGGGAAGUUUAAAGAAACGAAACGAACAGAGGGGAUAUCGACAUCAGACAUAAUCAUGAGAAUAGUUAAAGAUUACAACCAGUAUGUGUUGCGUAAUUUGGACCGAGGAUAUUCAAGAGAAGAACUCGGUGUCAGCUUCGUUAAGGAAAAGAGGCUUAGAGUGAACGUUAAACUGAAGAAACUACAAGAGAAAGUGAAAGAACAGCAAGAGAAGAUACAAACCGUAGCAAAAACUGCUGGGUCUCACCAUGACGAAUGGGUUGAAAACGCUGAUCGUUGGGUUGUUGGAUUUCUUGAAAUGUUUGAGGAAGGUUGUCAUAAAAUGGGAACAGCCAUCAGAGAUGGGAUCCAGCAAAAGCUAUUGAGGCAAGAGUCAGAAGAGAACCGGCGCUUGAACGGCCUGUCAAAUGCCAAGGAGGAACAGAUUUUUGAUGACGCUGGGUUUGCAAAAGGAGAUGAAAACUAUCAUAAUGAUCAUGAAGGUUCCUUAAAUGAGAGCAACAAAAAGAAUAAGAUAGUAAAGAAAUGAGAGAUCUUGGCUAAUGAUUCAAGAAUUUCCACAUCUAUGGCAUUAGUAUUGCUUGUAUUAUGUUCAACUUGUUGUUACUUUCUAAGACUCCCAUGCAGCAGAAGUUAAAGCUGUCACUGAUAUAGAAUAUAUGAUCAAAACACUCAAAAAUGAUAACAUGGUGGAGACCUUACAUUUAAAAAUAUAUAAGCGAAUAAAAAUAAACAAAAUGAAAUCAACAUAUCUAUCCGUCAAUGCACUACAAGAAAACACAAUCCUAACUACGAAAAAUAAAGGAAAAAUGAGACCUCGUAAAUUUAAGUCUAGUUUACGAGGAAAGUGAAUCUCAACGUAAGUUCAUCGUAAAGUAACAACAAUAAGAUUUUUGUCGUAAAAACAAAGCAAUUUAACGUGGUAAAGAAGACUUAAAUUUAGGGUGUACUUUACGACGAAAUAUCUUACGUCUUUGUAGCGACGAAAUAUCGAGUACACCAAUUUUUUAGUUGUAAAUGUAUUUUUGGUUUCAGGUAACCAACUGUGUUUCUUUGUAAAUUCCUAGUACAAUUUCACCUACCAAUUUAAAAAAUUUCCUAUAAAUAUGUCGUUUGUGUUUCAUUUGAAACACACCAAAAAGGAAAAAAAAAACUGAAAACGAGAAAGAAAAAAGAUGUCCGGUGAUGGAAUAUUCUCAAGUUGCGGAUGUGGAUGUAUACGCACAGAGAUGCUAACGGAAGAGUGACAAAAUAAUUUUUUGACGGGCUGGAGACAUGUAUGCAUCAAGCAGAUUCUACACCGUUCGCGCAUGAAAGCGGUAAGAUGUUCUAUCCUUGUCUGAAAUGCAACAAUUCAAAAUUGGCACCUUGUGAAAAUGCAUGGAAGCAUUUAAUCACGCCACAUUACUAUAUUUGGUUUUAACAUGGAGAAGAUUAUAAUUGUGGGAAUGAAGAUAGUAGUAGUAAUAGCAAUUUUCAGGAUGAACCGGUUGAUCAUUUGCAUAAUGAAAAUAGUUACCAUCAGAAGGAGCAGAUGGUCGAUUAUGAUAGGGUUCAUGAUAUGGUAGCUGAUGCAUUUGUAGCUCAUUAUGAAGUUGAAGAACCUAACAUAGAUGCAAAAAAGUUUUAUGAAAUGUUAGAUGUUGCGAAUCAGCCAAUUUAUAGUGGUUGUAGAGAAGGUCUCUCUAAAUUGUUAUUGGCUGCUAGAAUGAUGAAUAUUAAAACUGAGCACAAUCUACCUGAAAGUUGCAUGAAUGCAUGGGCAGACUUUUUUAAAGAGUAUUUGCUGGAAGACAAUGUGUAUGCUGAUUCUUUUUAUGAGAUUCAGAAACUGGUUUAUAAUCUUGGGUUGCUUUCGAAGAUGAUAGACGUUUGCAUUGACAAUUGUAUGAUCUACUGGGGAGAUGAUUUUACAGCCUAUUUGUUAUUCAAGUCGAAGAAACAAUCCCAGAUAUAUCCACAAGUGAGGUAGACAGAAGGAAAGAUCAACACUUUAUUAAGUGGUUGAGGAGUCAGGUAUUAAUUCAAAAUUUUAUGGCAUACAUCUCUAUUCGCCGUUAGUAUGAUUAAUUUCAACGUUCUCUUUAAUUUUGCAGGUUGAUUAUGACGAUCAAAAUUACCCCACAUGGUUUCACGAAUUAGUUCAAGGUCCACUUGCAAAGAUUACCACAUCACCGAUGUAUUUCACACAAGGCUUUACUUUUCAUACAUAUGAAUAUGGUAGACGGCGGGUGACAAGUAAUUAUGGAAUAUGUGGGAAAGGCAAAACAGAUUUCUACGGGAUCUUGCAGGAGAUUAUUGAAGUGAAAUUUCCAGGGUUAUUGAGGCUGAAAUGCGUCCUCUUCAAAUGUGACUGGUUCGAUCUCGUCGUUAACAGAGGUGUUCGGUUUAACAAAUUCGGUGUAGUUGAUGUCAAUGCUGGACGAAGCUACAACAAAUUCAAGCCUUUCAUAUUAGCUUUGCAAGCAGACCAAGUUAGCUUCAUUCAUACCCUCGGAUUAAAGAGUCGGGAAUAAAUUGGUUAGCUGUUAUCAAAGUUACACCUUGUGGAUGAAUAAUCGGUGGAGAAGAACCACCUUUACAAGAAGAGCACAUCAAUGAAGUCAAGGAACCUGAACAACAAAUUGAUGACAUUACUUCUCAUUGAUCCACAUAAUCGUGAAUACGAAGAUCUUCCCGAAGAUACCAUGGACGAAGCUGUUGAAGACGAGUUUAAUGAAAAUGAUGAUGUUUCUAGUGACAACGAGAAUGUCAAUGAUGUAUCCGAAUGUUGAUGUAUUUUUUUUAAUAAGAUUGACUUUCAGAUUUAA